AUGAUGGAGAAGACACGAGUGCAAUUUCAAGUGAGGGUAUUACGAUUGAAAUUAUGGGAAAAGAUGUUUGCAUGCGGUUCCGAUGUUGCACUCGGUGCAUGGGACCCACUUAAAGCAUUUCCGCUCACAAAAUCCCUUACGGACAGGUAUGAAUCUUUUACUGCUAUGCAAAUAUUUGUUUUUCAAAAUGCCUUUCUUGUGUCAAAAUAUCAAUUCUUUCAAAAUGUCUAUUCUUUAAAUUAUUGGGACUUCAGUAGACCAUUUCUUUCAGUA